GCCGGAGGAUGAAGGCCACGGUGCCCCGCCUCACUUUGCGGAAAACAUUAAAGAAGCACAAGCCGCAGUUGCGCCUGGCGACGAACGUCGACCUGCUGGUUCAUUUGAACUUCUUACUGUUUCUGCAUCGGCUAGCAGAGGAAGCCAGGACAAAUGCUUUUGAGGACAAAAGUAAAAUAAUUAAACCUGAGCACACCAUAUCUGCAGCGAAGGUUAUUUUAAAGAAAAGCAGAGGCUAGAAAACAGACCACUGGAAUUUUAAAACACAUUUUCCAAUGUUUUCUAACUAACUUGAGUUACACUGUGAAUCAGCUUAGCACUUGUGUAACUGUGUAGUUUUAUUGACAUCUAUCUCCUGAUUAUCUUGCUGUUUCAUUAAAAAAAUAAUUCUUAGAAUGUAUAUUUUCAUACAUUUCAUGCAUAAUUUGAAAGUGUAUGUCACUUGUCACUUAAGACUUUUGAUGUACCUUAUUCAUAAUGAUGGAGGAGUGCUUGUACCAUAGAUACCUUUUGGGUACAAUGUGGCAUUUAUUAUUAAGAGUGUGAAACUUCCUAAGGGAAACAGUAGUUUUGAAAAACCCCAAAGAUUUCACUAAAUCCAGUAUAGAUUGUGGAGUUCAAAGCCGAUUUACUAGCUAAACAAAAUUAUGACUUUCAUAACAAUCACUGUAGAAACAAGUGUAUUAAAUACCUUGUCUUCAGUUUAUUUAUAGAUGUCUUGAUAAUCUUAAAAUGACUUUGGAAAGUAGGUUAAAACUUCUGGGGAAGUUCUGGUAUUCUGGGGAAAGAAUGCAUAGUUGGUAAUUUAAAUCAUAGUCUGAACUGUUAAGCUGACUUGUUUGAUGUGGUAUAUGAGACAACUUGGUGGUCUGUAAUUCACUUGGUGUGGACAGAUGCACAGGUUAUAGAAAAAGAUCUGGCACAGCUGAUGUUUUUGAAGUUAGAUUUUGUAAAAAUAACAAAGAUAAGUUGGCAUGAGUGCCAAGCUAUUUCCUUCCCCCUUUUGAGUGUCAUGCUAACUUGUCAAAACUCUGGAAAUGUACAUUUAAUGAAAAUGUCUUCUUAAAUGAAGAUUAUAUUCUGUUCCUAUUCUGAUAUUUGUAGUCAUUUACUGAACACUUUGCUUAAUAAAUAUAUUAAUAAAGUUAUAUGUUAAUCUUACAGUUUGAGCUAAUAAUGAAGUUUUGGGGAAUAUAUGGUAGCUGAUCCUUGAUAUGCACAGUGAACUAUUCUUUAAAUAAAGCCUCUUUAAAAGUGUAA